GAGAGAGAGAGAGAUUGUGAUGUUAAAUAGCAACUCUUCUUCCUCCGAGUUUCCUCCUUUUGAGAGAGAGAGAGAGAGAAGAUGCAAGCAUAAGAAUCGAAAGCCAAAAGCAACCCUUAACUCACAAUUUCUCCAAGUGCCAAAAAAAUGAGAGACAUAGUCUCAUGUUUGAGCGACAACGCAGUGAACGUGUCUCACUACUCUUCAACAAUCUCAUGCUCCACAAUCUCACCCUCCAUCCAAAACUCAACCUCCACCAUCUACACCCUCAAACAAAUCACCAUCACAGUCACAUGGUGUAACCAAGGCCUCACCAUAACCUUCAACCACCAAGACCCUCCACACUUCAGACUCAACACCACCUCACGCUUCUUCCGAAAGAAAAAAGGCUCCAAAACCCUCCAACUACACUCCUCCAACCUAGAAAUCCUAUGGGACCUCUCAAACGCCAAGUACCAAACCGGUCCAGAACCGCUUCAAGCCUUUUACCUCGUCAUCAUCGUAGACUCCGAACUAGCCUUGGUUCUCGGUGACACCGCGCAGGAAACACUUUCCAAGAGGUUCGCUUUCAAAACCAACCCUCUUGCCAGAAUGGUUUCCAAACGAGAGCAUUGUUCCGGCAACACGCUUUACACCACCAAGGCUCGCUUUUGCGACACCGGCACGUGCCACGAUGUUCUCAUCAGGUGCAGCCUCGAGAAGGACAACGAUGGAGGCUUCUUCAAGUCCCCGGUUUUGAGCGUCUGCAUUGAUAAGAAGACUGUGACACGUGUGAAGAGGCUGCAGUGGAACUUUCGGGGGAACCAGACCAUUUUCGUUGAUGGGUUAUUGGUGGAUUUGAUGUGGGACGUUCAUGAUUGGUUCUUCAACAACCCUUGUGGUGGAGGGUAUGCUGUGUUCAUGUUCAGGACUAGGAGUGGCAUGGAUAGUAGGUUGUGGUUGGAGGAUAAGGGUGUGCAGAAAGAUAAAGAGAGAGUUGAAUUCUCCUUGUUGAUCUAUGCCUGUAAGACUUCAUAAGGGAACCACACUUCCUUCUUCUGCUUCUUUUCUCUUAACCUCAUGCUUUUACUCUUCUUUUCUUGAAAGGAGCUAUACUCAUUCUUUUUUUAAAGACAAAGUCAAUAAUUUAGACUAAUUUUACUUGUACAACAAAAUUCAGCUAUUUUUCUGCAUUUUUUUUUCCUUCUGAGUUUAGUUUAGUUCACAUGCCUUGUCUGCUUUGUCAACAAGACAUAACUGUCGGGAAAUAACAUUUUUUUUUUUGUAUGUACAAGGUUUAAAUCUAAAAUUUCAUGAAAACUAUUCAAAUUCA